AUGUCAGCUACUAAUAGCACAACUACUUUAUCACAAAGCACUUGCAUUACUUUAGCAUUUUUAAUGGGCUUACUAGCUUUUGCUAUAAUGCUAGGAAAUGCCAUUGUCAUUUUAGCUUUUGUGGUGGACAAAAACCUUAGACAUCGAAGUAAUUAUUUCUUCCUUAACUUGGCCAUUUCUGACUUCUUUGUUGGUGUGAUCUCCAUUCCUUUGUACAUCCCUUACAGGCUGUUUGAUUGGAAAUUUGAUAAAAUCUGUGUAUUAUGGCUCACUAUUGACUAUCUUUUGUGUACAGCAUCUGUGUAUAACAUUGUACUUAUCACCUAUGAUCGAUACCAGUCAGUCUCAAAUGCUGUAUCUUACAGAGCUCAACACACUGGGAUCCGCAAGAUUGUGGCUCUGAUGGUAGCCAUCUGGGUGCUCGCCUUCUUAGUGCAUGGGCCAAUAAUUAUAGUUUCAGACUCAUGGAAGAGAGACAGGGAGCACUGUGAAGCUGGAUUCAUUUCAAAAUGGUAUAUCCUUGCCAUUACAUCAUUCUUCGAAUUCCUGGCCCCAGUUUUCUUAGUGGCUUAUUUCAACAUUUAUAUUUACUGGAGACUCUGGAAGCGUGGUCAUCUCAGUAGGUGGCAAAGCCAUCCUGGACUCACUUCUUCUACCUGUUCCAGUAACUCUGAACGCACAUUCAAGUAUGGACUGUUUUCAAGGGCAUCUCUUGCCGAACCAAAGGAAGCAGCAGUGUCCCUUCAUUUCAAGAGACGAGAGAGAAAGAGUAGUCUCUUGUUUUCUAUAAGAACCCAGAAGAAUAGUGACAUAAUUGCUUCCAAAAUGGGUUCUCUCUCCCACGCAGAAAGCCUAGCUCUUCACCAAAGGGAACAUCUUGAACUGCUUAAAGCCAGGAAAUUAGCCAAGUCACUGGCCAUUCUCUUAGGUGUUUUUACCAUUUGCUGGGGUCCUUAUUCUCUGUUCACGUUUGUUCUUUCAUUUUAUGACCAAAAUCGACGUCCUCAAAAAGUGUUGUACGAGAUCACAUUUGUGCUUCAGUGGUGUAAUUCCUUUGUCAAUCCUUUUUUGUAUCCAUUGUGUCACAAGCGUUUUCAGAAGGCUUUCUUGAAAAUAUUUUGUAUGAAAAAGCAACCCAUAUUACCACACAAUCAACCAGUAUCUGCUUAAAGAUUCUUUUAUCACUUACAUACAUUUUAAUCUUAAUCUCACCUAAAUGAGUUUGAUCUGGCUUUUAUCUUACCUUUUUCACUCUAACAAAAAUAUGCAUAAAAUUGUAACACACAAAAAAAUCAAAACCUGAAAGUCAGUGGAAAAUUAUUUUGGUGAAUAACAGUGUAAAUAGAAAUUGAUAAUAUUUUUCUAAGCUCAUAGCCA